AUGGCUCGCAAGAAGGUGACCCUGCAGUGGAUCGCCAACGACUCGACCCGGCGCGCCACCUUCAAGAAGCGGCGCAAGGGGCUGAUGAAGAAGGCGAGCGAGCUGGCGACGCUGUGCGACGUGGACGCCUGCGUGGUGGUGUACGGCGACGGGGAGUCGCAGCCCGAGGUGUGGCCGGACGACGUGGCCAAGGCGGCCCAGGUGCUGGCCCGCUUCAAGGCGAUGCCGGAGCUGGACCAGUGCAAGAAGAUGAUGGACAUGGAGGGCUUCCUGAACCAGCGCAUCGACAAGCUCAGGGAGCAGCUGCGCAAGGCGCGGCGCGAGAACCACGAGCGCGAGACGGCGCUCCUCCUGCACGACGCCAUCGCCGGCCGCCGCCCGGGCCUCGCGGGCCUCUCCGUCGAGGAGAUCGCCGGCCUCGGCUGGAUGGUGGAGAACCGCCUCAACGGCGUCAAGGAUGCCAUCGAGCGCCUCCAGGCCGCCACCGCCGGGAAGGGCGGCCAGGACGUCGUCCUCCCCGACCCUGCGACUGCGACGACGAACCUGCAGCUGCAGCUGCCUCAGGUGAGCCUGCUGCCGCUGGUGCCCUACAGCGUCGACGCCCCCGCCGAGCACGGGCACGCGGGCGUUGUCCAUGAGGCGGCUGCGCAGCCGCAGGCGCCCAGCUGGUUGAUGGAAGUGGCCAAGGCCGGAGGGGACCUCGGCGCGCUCGUCUACAGUGGCUUCGGUGGUGGGCGCGGGAGCUUCGGAGGCGCCGGCGGCACCAGCGUUGGGGUGGUGGCUGACAUGCUGCCUCAUCUGGGCAAUUUGGGCGCCGGAUUUGGGUGGGCUGAUCCUGGCCUUUCUCCUUUCCCUCCGAUCUGA